AUAUUUAACAUAGGCAUAGCCUGAAUCAUAGCCACCAAGCUGUUUGUAACUCGGUCAAGAACUCAGCAAGAUAAAGAAUUUAUUAGCGGCGAAAAUAACUCACGUUACGUCCGCUACAGUAGAACCCGCCAUAGAAGUCUCCCGAAGCAAGAUGACGGCUGCAUCCUCACGCCACCGACUCAACCUUUUCUCAUCUAACCUUAUCUAUGUGAUAUCUUUGGCUCAAACUGAUUACCCAACUGGUGCUAAGGUACAGAGCGAAUUCUAGCAAAUAUUUAUCGGAGAGCACUUACUUACGUAGAAAACAAUGGAUAGAAUUGUCAGCCUCCCAGGCCAGCCCAACAAUCCCACGAAAGUAAAAGAAACUUAGAACACUUCGCCGAAACAUGUCAGUGACUCUUGUUGAGAGCAGCGCAGCUCCGGGUGGACUGGAACUUGUCAGCUCUUACGAGACCAAUAGAGUGGGGGACCCUAUGGAUCUCGUUGCAUUAGCAACUCAACUGCAGAAGGGAGAUGAUUUUAUUAAAGCCAAUGCUUGCAACAAACUGUCGGUAAUUGCUGACCAGAUCAGAUAUCUGCAAGAAGUAGCAAAAAAGGUCUUAGAAGAUGCUAAAAGAGAUGCUGACCUCCACCAUGCUGCUUGCAACAUUGUGAAGAAGACCGGAAACAUGUAUUACCUCUACCAACGACCAUCUGGACAAAAAUAUUUUUCCAUCAUUUCUCCUAAGGAAUGGGGCCCAAGUUGUCCUCACCUGUUUGUUGGCGCAUUCAAACUCCAACACGACAUGUCCUGGACUCCUGAAGAAGAUGUGGAAAAAAGGGAUGCAGACAUAGCAAUGAUGGACAAGUUACUCACCCAGCAGACAACUUCACCAUCUGGCAUGGAACCCAAUUUCAAGGGCCUUACUAAUUAAAAAAAGUAAGAGCAGCUGAAUAAACAUGACCGUCAGCCAAGUAUAAAUGACUCAGUGACUUCAUUGUUGUGCACGUCCAGAUCAGAAAUUUACAGGGUUUCUGCUGGUAUCAGCAAAUCUCAUUUAAUGCUUUUUCACACGUUUUUGCAAUUUUAUACGCAAAGAGCACCAAUCUAUGUCAUUGCACAAGAAUGCGCUGCACACACAGUGGUCGCCAUGUUUCAUUUUACAUUGUUGACCAGUGUUGUCACUAACGCGUUACUAAGUAACGCUAAGCCUAACCCUACUGUAAUCUGAUUAUUUCAGUAACGAGCAAUCUAACGCGUUCAUUUUUCCAAACCAGUAAUCUCAUUAGUUUCCUUAACCUGUGCGGUACUAUUUUGUGAUUGCCUCAUAAUGUAUGUAGAAUGAAGAAUACUGUAGUCUCGUACGAAGACAAUUUCGAAUACAAAUGUUGCUCUUAAAUUUGGGAGUGACAUCAAAUGUCACGUUUUAUCACGUAUAUUACCAUGCUGUGUGAGCACUGUCUGCAGCGCCGGCCAACACAAAACAUAGCCUAGCUACCUCAUCAGGACUGUGGUGAAAGAAGCAGGAGAGAUACCACAAACUGCUGCAUUUGCUCACCGGAAACACAGCCAUUGCUUCACAUUUGUGUCCAGUAUAGAUGACAAAAAUAUGUCCGUGCGUUGCAAACUUAGGGCUGGCUCAAAAAGACUGUCAACCGCUAAAAACUCCAUAUCCAUCAGCAAACUCCAUACAGCAAACCAUUCGUAUUUUGCGGUCCCAAAAAACUAAUGGUUGACAUGGUUAUCGCGAUAAGGCACAACAUAAAAUGGUUAUGAAUGUUAUUAAGAUUAAAGGACGGGUGAUGUUUCAAGUGUUUUUCUGGACUCAGAUUUUUGUUUCAUAUUUGUUGGCCUAAUAUGGUCAUGUAAUAGUACAAUAUAACAGUCGCAGUUCAUAUAGAUGAAGUUUUGCUGAGAAAAUAUACCAUUAUUAAAAAAAAAGACAUUCUAAGCAAUUACUCACAAUGUUACUCAUGACGAGUAUUAAGUAAAUUUUUUGAUGACUGACUUGAAUAACAUUAUUUGGAAGUAACGUUACUCUUGAGUAAAAUCUUUUGCUAUUCUAUCCACCUACUAAAUCAAACUGUGUCAAGUUUGUAUUUUACCGUAUACGUUUUGAUGUCUGGAACGUUUAAGUUAUUGCUUUUUCAUGCCUUACAAUGCCUGGGUUUUCUCAAAAUAUAUGCUUUUUAAUGCCCUGCAGAAACCCUUACUCCGUAACGUACAAACCACAAGUCUCAGUCCAAGUAUUUAAUAGUUUCGCAAUAGUUUGUUCACAACAUUUUGCAUUGCAGUUUUCCUUUUCCUAUAAUUGUAUUUAUUUAUUUAAAAAAAAAAAAAAAAAAAAAAAAAGCAUGAGAGAACAAAAUGCAAGAAAUACACUGCAAAUAUUUUGGGAAACAAAUAAGAAACUAAAGCAUAUUCUAGGGAUGUCCUGAUCCGAUCACAUGGUCGGAAAUUUUUCAGAGGUUCGGAAUCGGGUAAAAAGGAUGGGGUUUUUAAUUUUAAAAAAUACAUUUAUGUUUUUCUGCUUCAUGCUCGUACAGAGCCACAACCUCUCUCUCUCUCCCCCCUGCUAAGCAGUGUGGCCAAACUGUCCAACUUGCAUUUGGUACUUAAAAUUAACGAUGAUUGAAAGGUUUGUAGCUUUGAUCUUGGUAGAGAAGCACAGUGGCGCUACGUUCAAAGGCACAAAUGUAUCAAUCAUUGUUAAACUUGCAUAAGUCUGCUGUGGCAACUCAUUGUGUUAGAGCAUUUUUCUACAUUAUUCUUGUUUAAUAAUAGUUCACAUUAGAGCAGGGCGGUAAACCGAAAAUUUACCGCCACCGAAAUUCUUCACAAUGGCCGACGUAAUUUUGACCAUGUCGGUAAAUUCGGUAAUUUAAUAAAACAAGAAAAUAGUCUUUUUAUCCCGCUUUGACGCGGUGUUGUUCGGCUAUGUUCAUUUCCCUUUAAGAAAGCAGACAGUGUGCUUACGUAUGGAGUCACGUGGUUUUCAGGACGCCAGUCAAACAGAAGCCCGGUAGGCUAACGCUAGCGGCUAACGCUACAAGUAAAUGGGAUGGAGUCGGGCUUAAGUUAGCUUGGCGGGUUCCAGACGGGCUUUCACCCGCUGUCCUCCCUGGUUCUCACGAUAUCAGGAGAGGAUGCUUUCAGUGCUUUCUUCUGGUAGCCAAGCCACAGGCUAACGCUAGCGGCUAACAACGGCUACAAAUGAACGUGAAACAGUCGGACAGCGGCUCUAACCUUGUCGAAACGGCUGAAAUUAAUGAGUGGACUGGGCACGGACUUCAUGUAGCAAUCAUCAUGUCGCAUUAUUUGGCAUCUCUGUGUUUCUCUGAAAGCUUUCAUGAUGGUAAAGCACUCAGCAUAAAGUAUAAUCCAACAGUGAAGCCUAUAACAGUUUAAUGGCCACAGCUAUUUUUCUGUAUGUGUUUGCUUUAUACUGCCAUCAUAAACCCUUAAAUGUUUCAUUGGCAUCAGAGCAAUACAGCUUUAAUCUGGUUGUGUCUGUGUGGGGGGUGCAUGUAUUAAAAAAUGUUUCGGGAAAAAAAAAAAAACUGAAACCUUGACGUAAACACUUGUUGAAUAAUUAUGUCACAGCAGCCAUUACCAAUAAGUUGUCUGAAGUUUACUGUUAAAGCUGCAAGUCAAUUGUGUUAGAAUGACAUUUGCACAGUUGUCAUAUUGAUUUUUAUAAUAUUGUACAUUUUUCAAGUCAUACAAGCUGUUAUAAAUGUUCACACUAGAAUUCUUAUUGUUUACAAGAUUUUUUUAAUACUUAAUGUUUAGACUGCAUGUGCAAUUGUUAAAUUGAAAGCUAAUUAAAUAAAUUUAGGAGAAACUUAAUUUGUAUUCCAUGCAUUGAUUCAAAUUUUCAAAUUAUAGAACGGUCUGCUUGGGCGAAUUUAUCGUCAUUUAUCGUUAUCGAGGUAAAUCUGCUCAAUUUAUCGUGACAUGUACUUAAGGCCAAAUCGCCCAGCCCUAGUUCACAUUAUGAAGGCGUCACGGUGGGACAGUAACAUGUUUGGAACAUUUUUUCGGUAUAGGCAAAUUCUCAAAAUCAGGUGACUCUGACCCAGGUGCAAAUAUAUGCGAGCAGGACGUCUCUAGCAUAUGCUAAAAAAAAGCACAUUUCAGGUAGUCCCCGGGUUGUGAACGAGUUUCGUUCCUACGCUGGCGACGUAACCCAAAUUUCCUUGUUGUCGGAAUAAACAGUUUAAGGACCCUUAGAUCCCCCCCAAAUCGCAAAAUAACUAUCCAAAAACAUUAAUUAUACAUCAUUGUACUUUCCUCGCCAAAACGUUGGAGCCAAGUCCAAGCUGGACUGCGAGCUAAGCUCUGAAAUUACAAUGUCAGACAUGGGUGUGUUUUGCUGACUUUAUUUAGCUUCUCAUGAAAUCAACACUUGCAGAAUAAAACUAAAAUUAAAAAUGAUAUUAAAUCAGUUUCAACUUCAAUAACAGCAAUUGAAAUUUGCGUGUAUAACUGCAAACAAUUAGCAUGUAUCAGUUAGCGUCCACAUAUCAAAAACAAUCACAUCAACACACCCAAGUAUUUGACCACCAUUGAAAACGCACAAUAAACAGUACAAAAGGUGUUAUACACAGGUGUUGCCUCUGUGGAUGCUUCACAAGUAACAAAUGUGCGUGCAGGCUUGCAGCUGUAAUCUUUCCCCCACUCUCUCCCCCACUCAACUGUGUGACUUCUUUGUGUAAGCAAAUGCGCUCUUCCUCGUUUGUGCGCGUGCGCUCUUCUCCGUGUUUGCACAUACGUUGUUCUUCAUGUGUACAUGCAUUCUUACUCGCGUGUGGAAGUACUACAACCCCGAGCAAAAAGUAUGGAAUCACCAGUACCGGACGAGCACUCACUCAGACAUUUUAUCAAGUAGAACAAACAGAUAAAAAGCUUGAAAAAAUAAUUAGUUCAAAAGUGCAACUCUUUCGCAUUCAGAAACACUAAAAGGAAUAAAAAACAUUGUGGUGGUCAGAAAAUGUUACUUUUAUAGCGCAAGUGCAGGGAAAUAUACAUGGCAAUCAUUCCAUUCUGAGGAAAAAAUAUGGAAUUGUAACAAAGAAAUAACAAAACACAUCUCUAGUAUU